AUGGAUUCAAGCACAACACACAAUCCCGUGUUUCUGGUAUUUCCUCCAGAGAUCCCAGUUCCUGAAUUUCAGUCAACAAACGUUUCAGCCAGGGCCUAUGAAACUCAAAGUCCCUGUCAAAAGUUACUUGCUACAAAAAUGAAAAUUUUGGGAACUACCCAGAUCCUGUUGGGAAUUAUGAACUUUUCUUUUGGAGUUAUCUUCCUUUUCACCUUGAUAAGACCAUACCCAAGGUUUCCCUUUAUAUUUAUUUCAGGAUAUCCAUUCUGGAGCUCUGUUUUGUUCAUUAAUUCUGGAGCCUUCCUAAUUGCGAUAAAAAGAAAAACCACAGAAACUCUGGUGGCAGUGAGCCGAGUAAUGAAUUCACUUAGCGCCCUGGGAGCAAUAACUGGAAUCACUCUCCUUGCAUUUGGUUACACUCUAGAUAAAGACUACAUUUGUGGCUAUUCCUCAGAUGUCAUUCAGUGCGAUGCUAUUACCAUCCUAUUCAUUGUAUGGAUCCACAUGGUGAGAAAAAGUCAACAAGAUACAUCAAACAUUGCUGAGGAAACUGAAAACGAACUACCUAAGGAAAAGGGAGUUCUGAUAGAAGCAAGAUAUUUCAUAUGGAAGAUUCUAAAAAAUAUUGAGCAUUUGAAUGCACCAGGACCUCAGAAAGCAGAAGUGAAGAGCAGAGAACAGAGAGAUUGGUUCUGCUAA